AACAAGGCUUUGAAAUUAUGCUCAGUUAAAAAAAAACAUCGAUAAGAAAAUGUUUCUGCUUGGGAUCUGCUUAAUUUGCAGUGUUAAUCCUUUAGUGCUGGAUGCAUUUCCUGUGGAAUCCCAGGCGGAUACCAAGGAUCUAAGUGUCCUGACUGCUCACUUGGCCGAUCCUGCCGACUACCCCGACCUAACUAAUGGUCUUUCCGAUGCUGAGGUUCAGGAGAGCCUUAAAGAUCUAACCCUAGAUGAUCUUAACUCCUUGGACAAGCUACUUGAUGAGCGGCUUAGUCGAGAUGAAGAUGUCGAUUCUGACGCAAGUCAAAGAACCCAUGGUAGACAAGCGGUGGCCAAUAUACGCAAGCAGGAUGUUGGUCUCGAUGAUGGCUGCCGGGAUGAAGAGGAUUCCGAAGAAAUGAAGCCUGCUUUGUGCACCAAGAAACCCACUUGUCCGACCACCAGGCGUUGCUCAAAGAAAAGCAGUUAUGCGCCUAAAACCACUCGAAUGUGCCCACCUAAAAACGGAUACGACAAUUGCAAGCCAAAAUCCGGUGGCUAUAUGGACGACGAUCUGAUAACUGAAACUACCAGAUAUCCGAAGCCAAAAAACAAGAAGUGCAAGAAACCUAAAGAUGACUUUGAAUGCGAGGCAGAUGACUUUCUGUGCCACGCCAGCAGGCAAUCAAGAGGCAAGGAAAGUAGAAGCAAACUUAAGGAUCAGGAUAUUUUAGGGCGGGAGUUAGCUGGAAAUGCGCAGCUGGGUCAGGAGCUCAUACCAGCCUUGAAUGAUCAAGGUGAACUAUUGAAUGAUGCAGACAUGGGUCUAUCAAGUUCGGAGUUUGACGGCAACAUAGGCUUAGAAAAUCAAGCCCAUUUGGAGCAAGGUCAGCUGUUCGACUUAGGAAAGGAUAGCAAGCUUAAUUCAGAGCAGAAACAUCAAUCUAGUUUGAAAAAGGAAUAUGGUCGUCAAAAUUUCUUGCAGGAUUACCCCGUGAACUUGAAGCACGAACAUUUAGGCAAAUUACAAGAGGGAGAUCAGGCCAACUUAGAUCAAGAACAAUCUACAAAUUUAAAGCUGAGAAGCCAGCCCACUUUGCAUCAAGAACAUCAGUUUAAAUUAAAACAGGAAUAUCAGCCCAACUUUGAUUUUAACAAUCUGGGGAAUUUAGAGCAGGAGCGUCAGGCUAAUUUCGAUUCACAAAAUCUGUAUAACUUUGAUAAAGAACAUCUGGCAAACUUCGAUGAUGGACAUCCAGCUAGCUUGCAUCAAGAUGAACAGCUUUUUUAUCGGAAUCAGAAAGUCGACGGACGUGAAAACGAACCGAUAGCGGAUGAAGCAGCCCUACUUGAUCCUUACGAUAGCCAUCAGCUCUCCAGGAGAUCACAUCGUAAAAGAGAACAAACAGAGAAGCAAUUUGGGGUGCACGUGAACAAUGAAGAUGAUAAGCAGACGAAUAUCAAGGAUGAGCUUAUGCCACCAAACGCUAAUCUGCCCAAGCAGGAACAUCUCUUCGAUAGCGAAAGUUUUAUUGCCAAUAAUGCUCGGGAUCCACAACGCUAUUUAAUUCAAAUGCAGAACGACUACAUACAAAGUGAAAACGAUCGUGGCGAACGUCGAUUGCUUGAGGAUCGAAAAGAAAGCGAAGCGUUAAACAUGGACAAACUCACCGAAGAGGUGCCCAGAACAAUGGAGGAAUUCAAUAUGGAUUCAGAAUACAGGAGAGAAAAACGCGAGAAUAAGAACACUGAUGACUCCCCCGAGAACUCCAAAGAAACGUAUAUAAAGAAGCUAAUGGACUCUUUUCCGCGGGAUCAGGGUGGCCGGAUUAAUGCCCAUACCGGGCUGAGGGAGUCCAAUCUUGCCCAUUUGCGCUUCAAGCGAAGUUGAGUUAUUUAUAUUUUACGCUAUACUUGAUAAACGCCAUUGUAUAUUUUUUAUAUGCACCCAUAAAAUGAUAAACCGGAAAUACGA